AUGGGGAAACUUAGCCGUGAUAGAAGAGAUAUAUAUUAUAGAAGAGCCAAACAAGAAGGAUAUCGUGCAAGAUCUGCAUAUAAAUUAUUGCAAGUUGAUCAAUAUUAUCCAAUCUUUAAGGGGGUAAAUAGAGCUGUAGAUUUAUGUGCUGCUCCUGGUAGUUGGAGUCAAGUUUUAUCUCAAAAAUUAAAUUGCAACGAAAAUAAUAACGCAUUAAUUGUUUCUGUUGAUUUACAAGAUAUGGCUCCAAUAGAAGGUGUUAAUAUAAUAAAAGGUGAUAUUACAUCACAGAAUACAGUUGAUAUUAUUCUUGAUUAUUUUGGGGGAGAAAAAGCUGAUUUGGUAUUAUGCGAUGGUGCACCAGAUGUUACAGGGUUUCAUGAUAUUGAUGAAUUUAUACAAAAUCAAUUAUUAUUAUCUGCAUUAAGUAUCACAACUAAAUUACUUUGUGAUGGUGGGUCAUUUGUUGCUAAGAUAUUUAGAGGUGAAAAUAUUGCAUUCAUAUAUCAACAAAUGUUUUAUUAUUUUGAAUAUGUUGACUGUUGUAAACCUGCUAGUUCCAGAAAUUCAAGUCUUGAAGCAUUUAUUGUAUGUAGAAAUUUUAAUAGUGCGAAAUUAACAAGAGAUCUAAUUUCUGAUCCAUUUAGUGUCCCAUUUAUUGCUUGUGGUGAUUUAUCUAUUAAUGAUCCAGACAGAACUUAUGAAACAAAUUAUUCAGCCCCAUUACAACCAGUACAACCACCAAUAAAUGCUCCAUAUGAAAAGAAUAUAAAUUCAAAUAGAGGAAUUCAAUAA